AUGAGUGACGAAAUCACCCUCGUACGAACCGCUACCUUUCGGAGAAUAAUGAAACAAACUGGUUAUGUCGAAACCAUCAUCUACGACUUUCAGUAUAUCAAAAAAGAAGUUUGGGAUAGCUUCUUAGAGCAAGAAUUUGGACUUAAUACUGCAGAUGUCUUCACGGAGAAGAUACAGAAAGAUUACACGAGCGUUCUGGCACCGGAACGAAUCUCCAAGCUCCGGAUUUCUGUGUUGAGAGAGCAAUCUGCGGAUCUGCGGGCGCAAGAGAACCAACAAGAAGAAAGAAUAAUUAAGAUGGACCCUGCUUCGAAGCGUGUUAAACGAAGGUAUUAG